AUGCCCUCAUCAGGGGUUACAAUAGCAUCUACCAACAGGCCCCCAGACUGUCCCCAUCAGAUUAUCAUGACUUCAUUGGAUACUGCCUUGCCUGGCAUAGAUGUAGAGCAGCAUCAUACGCACGAAGAAGUGCAUUAUUUUCCAGCGAUCGAAAGGGUAACAGAUCAGAAAGGUAUCAUGGAUAGCGAAGCAAAGGAGCAUUCAUCCUUCCAUGAGGGACUGAAGUCUUUCAAAAACUACCUCACGUCACUCAAAAUGCCCACUGAUUUCAGACCAAUCAAGCUCCUCUCGAUCAUGGACACAUUCUCGCAACCCCUCUACUCGCAUCUCGCCUCAGAGCCUCAAGCCAUCCUUGCACUCUCCCGCUUUGCUUCUCCUGAGCGACAAUUCGAUCUCUUGAAGAUCGAGCAUGAAGAAGGGAAGAAAGCUGUGACUCUUGACUUUGCAUUCAAUGUCUUACCUAUUUUCAUGAAUAACAUGGAAACAGUGGAAUUCGAAGGAGGAAUGUGGAGGAAUCAUCCUGAAAUACCAUCCAUUGUGAGGUGGAUUAUGAAGGUGUUGAUUCCGCUUUGGAAUGGGCGACAGUGGAGGUUUUUGGCUUGUGAUAGUCAGGGAAGGAGGAAAUAUUUGGUUGCUUGA